GACGUUAGCGCGACCAGCUAUGCCGGCUGCAUGGGAGGCCUCCCUGCGUCUGGUGGAGGAAGUUGGUCAACUCUGUCAGUUUCUACCUCGGGACGAAGUGCUCGCAUUGCUCAAAGAAGUGAAGAAUGGGAAGCACCAGACUUUGCCAUCGCCUGCGGCACCCAAGUCGCAGCCUCUCCUCUAUGUGCCUCCCAAAGGGCAUGCAAGGACCUUCCUGUACGAUGCCGAGGGCGGGCACACCAGCGGGGCGCCGAUUGUGGCCUGUGGGGGCUGGGCCGAUGCAGACGAUGCGGAGCGUGCUCGGCUUCUUCAGACGUCACUGUCCGCGCUGAAGGCGAAUGGCUUUGUGGUCCUGGAAAGGCUCCUGCCGGCAGAUAAGCUGGAG